AUGGGCAGCCUGACACGGCCCGUCAAGCAAGUCAUCGCUGCUGAAAUGCCCGACCGUUUCGGCCUCAUCUUUGACGGCUGGACGCAUGCAUCGGAACACUAUAUUGCUGUCUACGUACGCUACGAAGUCGACAGCAAUACAGUGUUCCGAUGCAUGCGUCCAGCCGUCAAAGAUGAGGCCAAAACGGUCGGGCUUUUCAGCAGCGAUGCCGUCGCGAAGACGCCGCUACUGUGCAUGGCACAUCUACUAAAUGACGAGGAAGAAGGCCUGUCAGCUAGAGGCCACAUGGAAUUCCUUGCGACCAUGCUGCCCCGUGACUACGGAAAGCAGCUGGGGAUGUGCUGCUUCCUCGUUGCUGACAUCUGCUCAGUCAAUCGCAGACUGGCGACACUAAUGGGCGUGCCGCUCGUUGGUUGCGCCAGCCAUCGACUGAACCGGGCAGUCCAACUCGAACUGGCAGACUACGAAGAAGAGCUGGACACAGUGCAGAAGCUCAUGCUAAAGCUUCAGCAAAAACUCAAUUGCGACCGGUCAUCCGCCAAGACACGAGGGGGGUCAACCUUCUUCAUGAUCAUGCGCUACUUCUACCUCCUAGAGUUUAUCGACGCCAUCGAUGAUGAACUGGAAGAUAUGAUGCCCUCACCUGCGCAAACCGCCGUCUGCGAGCUUUGCUGA